AUGCUCGGCAGGUCCGGGUACCGGGCGCUGCCCCUGGGGGACUUUGACCGUUUCCAGCAGUCGAGCUUCGGCUUCCUGGGCUCGCAGAAGGGCUGCUUGUCCCCGGAGCAGGGCGGCGUGGGGUCGGGGGCCGAUGCACCUCAGAGCUGGCCCUCCUACUUCUGCCACAGCCUCAUCAGUUUCCUGGGGUUCUUGCUGCUGCUGAUCACCUUUCCCAUUUCUGGCUGGUUCGCCUUGAAGAUUGUGCCCACCUAUGAGCGGAUGAUUGUGUUUCGACUGGGCCGGAUCCGCACCCCUCAAGGGCCUGGCAUGGUUCUACUCUUGCCCUUCAUUGACUCCUUUCAGCGGGUGGAUUUGAGGACACGAGCUUUCAGUGUCCCUCCCUGCAAGUUGGCCUCUAAGGAUGGGGCUGUGCUGUCCGUGGGGGCCGAUGUCCAGUUCCGCAUCUGGGAUCCGGUACUGUCUGUGAUGACUGUGAAGGACCUGAACAUGGCCACGCGCAUGACGGCCCAGAACGCCAUGACCAAGGCCCUGCUCAAGAGGCCUCUGCGGGAGAUCCAGAUGGAGAAGCUCAAGAUCAGCGACCAGCUCCUGCUGGAAAUCAAUGAUGUGACCAGGGCGUGGGGGCUGGAGGUGGACCGAGUGGAGCUGGCAGUGGAGGCCGUGCUCCAGCCCCCCCACGACAGCCCAACGGGGCCCAGCUUGGACAGCACCCUCCAGCAGCUGGCCCUCCGCUUCCUGGGAGGAGGCCUGUCCUCCGUGGCAGGAGGUGCUUCAGCCCCAGGGUCAGCAGACACCUUGGAGAUGGUGAGCGAAGCUGAACAGCCUGCCCCUCACGUUGGUGCUGGGCCCAGCCCAAAGCAGCCCGUGGCCGAGGGCCUGCUGACUGCCCUGCAGCCCUUCCUGUCGGAGGCCCUGGUCAGCCAGGUCGGGGCCUGCUACCAGUUCAAUGUCAUCCUGCCCAGUGGUACCCAGAGCAUCUACUUCCUCGACCUCACUACAGGGCACGGGAGGGUAGGACACGGGGUGCCUGACGGCAUCCCGGAUGUGGUGGUGGAGAUGGCGGAAGCGGACCUGCGGGCCCUUCUGUGCAGGGAGCUGCGGCCCCUGGGGGCCUACAUGAGUGGGCGGCUAAAGGUGAAGGGUGACCUGGCCAUGGCCAUGAAGCUGGAGGCUGUCCUCAGGGCCCUGAAGUAGCAGCUUUGGCUGACUGUCCAUAGCCCAGCCCCAAGUCUGGCAUCAAGCCAGGGGGGCAUCUUGGAGGAGGAGGCACUGGUGCCACACCUUGGAUUGUUGAGGCCCUGAGAAGUUCGAGGCUCAGCCAGGAGCCAAUGAAUAGAGGCUGGGCAGACACCAGAGGCUGGGAGAC